GGUCCAUGUAGCUGGUCUAAAUAAAGGAGGGAUGGACACGUUCAUCGACAACAUGCCAGGUUUCCCUGAUAACAUCCGUCCCAGCUCGACUGGAGGAUACUGGGUUGCCAUGUCUGCUGUCAGACCUAACCCCGGCUUCUCAAUGCUGGAUUUCCUGGCCCAGAGACCCUGGAUUAAAAAGCUCCUGUUAAAGGUCUUCAGUCAGGAAGUUCUGAUGAAGUUUGUUCCUCGCUACAAUUUGGUGGUUGAGCUCCGUGAUGGUGGUCUCUGUACAUGGAGCUUUCAUGACCCCAGUGGUYUGGUGGCGGCCUACGUCAGCGAGGUCCACGAGCACGAUGGGAGUCUGUACCUGGGUUCGUUCCGCUCGCCGUACGUGGCCAAACUGGACCUGCGUAAGGUUUAAAGACUGUCUGUGACUGGAAGAUCAGUGGAACAGGAACAGAUUGUUUUUCUGCUGAGUCAGCGUUUCUGUCGUUCUGCUUGUCUAUGAGGACUCUGGUGGGCAGUCCUGUGGAUGUCCCACCUGCAGGCUGUCUUUACGUUCCUGUCUAUUGUCUUCAAACAUAGCAUGAACAAACAGGACAUUUCAGCAUUUCUUCAGUCAAACUUAUGUCAAAAACUCCCAAUAAAAGGCGGAGCCUGUA